AUGUCCCACCUCCUUCAUUCCAAUCUCUCAACCUCAAUCUGCCUCCAUAAUUCCCCUUCCCCUUCCUUCGCACUCUCACCACCCCACAGCAUAACCACCUCCCUCUCCUCCUCCAUCACCGCCUUCCGCCACGAAAACGGCCGCCGCUACCACAACCACGGCGACGGCCUCACCUACCCACUCCCCAACGACACCGACGAAAUCAACCGGCUGGAACUGCAGCACAAAGUCUGGGAAAUCUCCCUCAACAAGCGCCUCUACCUCGCGCCCCUCCCACCCACCAUCACCUCCGUGCUCGACAUCGGCUGCGGCACGGGCAUCUGGUGCAUCGAGUUCGCCGACGCGCACCCGGACGUGCAAGUCCUCGGCAUCGACCUGUCCCCCAUCCAGCCCUCGAACGUCCCGCCGAACUGCCGCUUCCUCGUCGACGACGCCAACGCCGCGUGGGCGUUCCCAGAGAAGUUCGACUUCAUCCACACGCGCGCGCUGAACUUCGGCGUCAAGGACUGGGACGCGCUGCUCGCGCAGGCGUUCGAGCACCUCGCGCCGGGCGGCUGGAUCGAGCUGGACGAGUUCCACGUGCCGCUGGAGUGCGACGACGGGUCCGCGGCGGCGGACUCGGCGGUGCUGCAGUGGGGCGUGAUGGGGGCGGAGGCGGUGGCGAAGAUCGGGACAGAUGCUAGGGCGGCGCUGAGGCAUGGGGAGCGGCUAAGGGAGGUCGGGUUUGUGGAGGUGCAUGAGCAGAAGAUGAAGUGGCCGAUUGGGCCGUGGGCGGCGGGCGAGAAGGAGAAGAAGAUGGGGCAGCUGUUUUUGAAGGAUAUGUCGGAUGGCGCGCCUGGGUUGAGUGUGAAGUUGCUGAAUGGGUUGCUGGGGUGGGAGAUGUCGCGGGUGGAUGCGUUUAUUGAGAGACUGAGGGCAGAGAUGUGGAAUCCGAAGGGACAUAUUUUGGGCGCAGAAGCCAGCAUCAGAUGUCAAGCAGCUAGUUUAUCAAAAGAAUUUGGGGGCCAGCCCAGUUUCUGCCGCGAGAAAUCGCUCCAGCUGCUUAAAAAGAUGGCAGAGAGCGCCGAAGAGUGGCAAGAGGGUAAAGCUUGGUGGUGGAGCGCUGUCCAGCGAGUGUUCAGCCCGCCGAAUCGUAACAUUUCUCGACCUAGAGAUGUGUUCACGAACCGGAAAAAUAGGGGCCACAAGAAGCCAAUCAAUUCGAGGUAG